UAGGAAGCAUUUUGCGCCGUCUGAUGCGACAACGGACGGUCGAGAUCAAGUUUCCUCCAUACGGAAAUCUUCGCCAGGAGAUAUAAAAACAGUCUAGUAGUGCAUUUCCUUACUAGAUAGCAAAAGCAUCGUCGAUCCUGCGGAAUUCUAUCGAGGCGAAGUAAAGAGAGCAAUCAUGGUGAAGGUAUACCCACAAUUGAGCGAGGAAUACAAGAAGGCUAUUGACAAAUGCAGGAGGAAGCUGCGAGCUCUCAUUGCUGAGAAAAACUGUGCUCCUAUUAUGGUUCGUCUCGCAUGGCAUGCUGCUGGGACUUAUGAUGUAAAGAGCAAGACUGGAGGGCCUUUUGGAACUAUUAGACAUCCUUCUGAGUUGGCUCAUGGGGCUAACAGUGGCUUGGAUAUCGCCAUUAAGUUGCUUGAGCCUAUUAAGGCACAGUUCCCCAUUGUCACUUAUGCUGAUCUCUAUGAGUUGGCUGGAGUUGUGGCUGUCGAGGUCACUGGUGGACCUGAUAUUCCAUUCCACCCUGGCAGAGAAGACAAGCCUGAGCCACCAGAAGAGGGACGGUUGCCCGAUGCCACCAAAGGAGCUGAUCAUUUGAGAGAUGUCUUCGGUCACAUGGGAUUGAGUGACCAGGACAUUGUGGCUUUGUCUGGUGCUCACACUUUGGGAAGUUGCCACAAGGAGAGAUCUGGAUUUGAAGGUCCAUGGACUUCCAACCCGCUCAUCUUUGACAACUCCUAUUUCACAGAACUUGUCACUGGAGAGAAGGAAGGUCUGCUUCAAUUGCCUUCUGACAAGGCUUUACUAGCUGAUCCUAAGUUUGCACCCCUUGUACACAAGUAUGCUCAGGAUGAAGAUGCUUUUUUUGCUGACUAUGCUGAGGCUCAUUUGAAACUUUCUGAACUUGGGUUUGCUGAAGCAUAGAUGCUUAAUUUGGGAGGAAGGACUGUGUCUCUGUUCACCAUUCCAAGAAACUAGUAUCAUAUAGUGAACAGAGAAUGUCAUUUUGGUUCACCGUUUCGAUUAGCAGAAUCAUGUCAUUUCGAUUUUUCGUAAUUGUCUGUUUUGUGGAUUGAUAGUUAAUGUAAAACGUGUACAUUUUUGGAGCCUUUUAUCUAUAUAAGUGACUUAGUCGCUACCUAAAUUUCUAAGAUAUGAAAUAAAAUGUGAGUCUUGACUUUGUGAAAGCA